AUGGUCUUGGCAGAGCUGGGUCAGAAAAUUGGACAGGCGAUUCAUCGCAUGUCCGCCAAGUCGAUGCUGGGUGAGGAUGACGUGAAGGAGCUGAUGAACGAGAUUGCGCGUGCGCUGCUGCAGGCAGACGUGAACGUCACUAUCGUGAAGAAGCUUCAGGUGAGCAUCAAGACGGAGCUGGCACUAGCGGAGGAGGGCGCCGGACUGAACAAGCGCAAGAUCCUUCAGAAUGCCGUCUUCAACGGCCUCAAGCGCAUCCUCGACCCCGGGGUGAAGCCGUUCAUACCGGUGAAGGGGAAGCAAAACGUUGUGAUGUUUGUGGGUCUGCAAGGAUCCGGCAAGACGACAUCGUGCACGAAGUACGCCGCCUACUUUCAGCGCAAGGGCUUCAAGGCGGCGCUGGUGUGCGCCGACACGUUCCGCGCUGGCGCGUACGAUCAGCUGCGUCAGAACGCGACCAAGGCCAAGGUACGCUUUUACGGGUCACUGACGGAGGCAGACCCGGUAGCGAUCGCCAAGGAGGGUGUGGCGGAACUCAAGAAGGAGAAGUACGACCUCAUCAUCGUCGACACGAGCGGACGCCACAAACAGGAGUCGGCGCUCUUCGAGGAGAUGAAGCAGGUGGAGGAAGCCGUGAAGCCGAACGACAUCGUCUUCGUCAUGUCCGCGACGGACGGGCAGGCGGUGGAGGAGCAAGCACGCAACUUCAAGGAAAUGGUUGCUGUCGGGUCAGUCAUUGUCACAAAGCUAGACUGUCAGACCAAGGGCGGCGGCGCCCUCUCCGCCGUCGCGGCGACGCGCAGCCCCAUCGUCUUCAUCGGCACCGGUGAGCACUUCGAGGACUUUGACCUCUUCAAUCCGGAGCGGUUUGUGCAAAAGAUGUUGGGCAUGGGCGACAUUGGCGGGCUGAUGGACACGAUGCGCGACGCCAACAUCGACGGCAACGAGGAGGUCUACAAGCGACUGCAGGACGGCCUGUUCACAAUGCGUGACAUGUACGAGCAUCUGCAGAACGUACUCAAGAUGGGCUCCGUUGGUAAAAUCAUGGAAAUGCUGCCCGGGAUGUCAGGCCACGCCGCUACGGCGGGUCAGCAGGGCGACAUUGCGCUGAAGGGGUUUAUCCACAUGCUGGACAGCAUGACGGUCGCCGAGCUGGAUGAGGCCAAGGUGAAGAAGAUGAUGACACCAUCCCGCAUGCACCGCAUCGCGCGCGGCAGCGGCCACUCCGUCGUCGAGGUGCAGAACCUGAUUAUUAGCUACACGAAGUUUGAGGAGAUCGUGAAGAAGAUGGGCAAGAUAAACUUCAAGGCCAUGAUGCAGGACUCCUCCGGCCCCGCCGCGGGGCACAUGGGACAGCAGCAGAUGGGUCAGCUGGCGAAGCUGCUCAACCCAAACAUGCUACGGCAGAUCGGCGGCAUGGGUGGACUGCAGGGAAUGAUGAAGCAGCUGCAGCAGAGCAUGGGUGGGGGUGCGGGUGGCGCAGGCGGGAUGCCAGAUAUGUCCGCCAUGGCGAACAUGAUGCAGAUGAUGCAGCAGCAUCAGAAGCCGCCGCGGCGGUGA